AUGGAUUACCGACGCUCGCCGAGGUCAGCUAUUUGUGCAGGAAUUAAUUACUAUCCCCACUUGAUGGUGAACCAGUUAAUUAAUUCCCAGUCAUCAACGUGGAAUAUUCCACUAUUAAAGCAAUUGUUCGAAAGUGCAGAAGUUACUCGGAUUACGGGCAUUACAAUUGCAACCGGGUACAAACCAGACACUUGUGGAUGGAUGUUUACAAAAACGGGACGAUACACGGUUAAAUCGGGGUAUAGCGUUUUACAGGAUUUCCCAGAUGAGGAGGUGCCUCUGGUCUUUGGACCAGAUGUCAGGCGGCUGCAAGCACAUGCAUGGAAAGUAAAAUGUACUACCAAACUUCAACACUUUCUUUGGCAGAUUAUCACGGGAUGUCUUUCGGUUGGCGCCCGUUUAAGUAGUCGGGGAAUCCGAGUGGAUCCUUUAUGCGUGAGAUGUGGUAUGGGAGAUGAGACGAUUAACCAUAUGUUAUUUGAAUGCCCACCAGCCCGACAGGCUUGGGCGCUAUCCCCUAUUCCAACGCCUCCCUGUUUUCCUACUGGGGCUUUGUUCUCAAAUAUGGCCCAUCUCUUCUGGAGCCUCCCAGAGGCUGAUGACAUGAUGAUCUACCCAUGGUUACUAUGGUUUAUUUGGAAGGCGCGGAAUUAUAAAGUUUUUUCAAAUGAUGAUCAUGACCCGCGAGAGGUUUUAGAGUCUGCGAUAACAGAAGCCCGUGCAUGGGCUUCUGCACAAACGGUUCUGAACCAGUCCGGUUCUUUCCGGCAAACAACACCGCGAUCCCGAUAUCGGGUGAAUGGUGUCAAGUUGAUGGGGCGUGGAAGGAGACAGAAUGUCGUGCAGGGCUUGGUUGAUUGCGCUGAACUGGUGAAGAUGGUGGCGAAACCUGAAGACUGGCCGGCGUUCGAGGCUUUGCUCGAGGAGGUGGAGAAGUGCAAACGGAAGUUCCAUGUUUUCUCCCUCACCCACAUUCCAAGGACGAAGAACACAAAGGCAGACAAGCUAGCACGAAGUGCUCGAGAUCAGCCUUAUGAUGUGUAUUAUGUAAACUCAAUUCCACCGGUUACGCUUCCCGUACCGUGA